CUUGGAUGACGGCGCUGGUAUAUAAACGACCGUCCUCUURAACCUCACUUCAGUUGGAGCUGAUAAACUAUCGCGAACAGUGCUAGAUAUUUUAAAAGAAAGAUAAUCAAAGAGAAAACACGUUGAAAAAAUGGAAUAUUUAACGCUUCCUAGCAAGCCUACAUACAGCAGUUCGAGUAGUUCAGAAAAACAAGGAAUAAUUUAUAAUGCAAAAAGGAUGCGAAGAGGCUCGAAUCAGAACUCCAAGAGCUUGAAUGUGGCUGUGCUUGGCAAAGAUGGCGUUGGAAAGUCUGCCUUCAUUGUUCGAGCGCUUACGAGACGCUUUAUUGGGGAAUACGAUUCAAAGUUCGAAUGUACAUACAAACAUAACAUAGACGUAGAUGGUCAUUCAAUGUCCAUAGAGGUUCUUGACACCGUAGGCAAUAAUACUUUAGCAAGACUAGACAACACCACAUCUCAUAUUGAACUCUUUUUCGUCUUGUAUUCUGCAACUGACCGUUCAUCGUUUACCGAGGCUUCACGUCUCAUCAAAUACCUCAGCGAAACAAGAAAUAUAGAUCCCGCAUGCGUGACGAUUGUAGCCACCAAAAAGGACUUAAAACAUAUGAAGGAGAUCGAGGAAUACGAAGGACGAUUCUUAGCACAAGAUAUUGGAUGCUCAUUUUAUCAGAUCUCGAUAUCAGAGGGAUAUUCAGAAACUUUGAAGACUGUACAAGAGGCCAUACGUAAAUGUAUGAGUUAUCAAAAUAUGAAGAAAAAAGGCGGAUUUUUUGACACUAUGUUGAGAAGAAGGUCUUGGAGCGGGCAGUUAUAACCUGUGUAUUACUGUCACGAAAAAACAGCAAUGUUUUUGGAUGCAUCUACUGAUUACUAUUCACUAAGUAAUAGUUUGACCAAUCAGUGUGAGGUAGUUAAAUUUAACGCACCCAUUGGUUCAGAAUAGCCAGUGGUAUGUAGUUACGAGCGAGACAUGAAAAUGGCGCGGAAACCAAGUGUAGCCACAUCGGUUAGGGUUCGACAGCUUACGAGUUGAGCCGACAGCUUACGAACUCCGUCCGACCAUUGUCCGAACGAUCUUCAGUACCUUAUAGACUUGAUUCAGUUUCUUGCUUGCUUGAAUACAUAUCUAUAGAAAGCUUAAGAAGCCCUCGGUGGCUUUUAUGAGAUAAACUUGACAGAGAACUUUGAUGAACGUUAAUUUGGCGGAAUCCGUUGAAGAUGGAGAACUCAGUUGAAAAGAGUGGUUUAUAUUCUGUAAUGUUGGAUUAUCCUUACAACAGACUUUAGACUAUGAUAGAGCAGUUUUCGCAUGACUCUGAAAAAGCGCAGUAUCGUAAGCGUGCAGUGCCUUAACCGUGAGUUUUUAGAAUUUUAACUGGCUGAUUUUUUUCUCGUGCAAUGUGAUUGGUCUGACAGUGCCGUGACCGUGUCCGCGCCGUGUUCCGGGUAUCCGAUUGGAUGGAGAAUAAAUUCACGCGCAAUGUGAUUGGUCUGGCGUACGCCUCGCCAUGUCACUACCGUGUUCAUCCCGUGAGCUUUUCACAGUCAUACGAAAACUGCUCUAGCAUCCCCAUCGGUGUGACUAUCUAAAACACCCAAUUUGAAACGUUUCUUGGUAAUUGUUUCAUUGGUUUUAGAUUCAAAGAUGAUUGUCAACUGAUUUGUACAUAAGACUGGCUGCAGGAAAGAUGAAAGCCCAUUGUCAGAAGGUGGCUUUCUUUCUUUAAAUCUGGUUGAAAUAACAAUACUAAAUUGAAAAUUGUUGUGAUAACAAUCAAUGCCAGUAACUAAAACUUUUUAUGUUUUAAUGAAAGAAUAUUUGUUUAUUAAUAAUUAUUUAUAAAAAUCUAGCGUAGGAGAACGACUUUGUCAUAACUUUACGAGAAAGCCUUAUUAGUUCAUGGAAUUAAAAUUUUAAGUUGUAAAACUGA